AACGCAUUUCUUGAUUUUCAGGUUUGCAUGAUAAUGGAUAUUUCUUAUGAAAAUGAAAGUGAUGAUGAAAAGUUGCCAGAGUUCAUUGAUCACAUACCUAGUAUAAAUGCAGCUGAUCUCAACUCUCUGGAAGACGUGGACAGGUUUCUAGACACGUUGGAUACCGACCCGUAUGUUCCAAGGACAAUAUCUGACAACCACAGUUGUCUUUCGGCUGAAGAAAUUUGUGCUAAAUUUAAUGAACUCUGCAAAAACAGUGCAAAAAGCUUAGAGAAAUUAAAACAACAAGAUGCGGAGCUGAAGAAAACUGCCACCAAAUGCAAAAAAACAAUCAAAAGUUCUUUGAAAGUGCGGCGCGAAGCGACUGAAGCCAUCAAAAAAUUGAACGCCAACACUCAGCGCGUCUUAGACGAAGAUGUAGACGAUGCGACCCUGGAGUCAGUUCAAAACACACUCCUUAUGUCUACUCAGGACAAAGACUGUCAAAAUUCAUUGCAUUUGAAAGCGGGCGCAACAGUGAAACAAAGUGGAAUCGAACUUCAGAAAUCAGGCGACGAACUGAAGGUGAUUCUCCACGGAGCGCAACAGUCAGAUGAAGACUGCUAUGUUGUGCUAACCGCUGUUGGAGAACAGACGCACAAACUGCUGGAGAGCUCACACUCGAUUCCAGAAAUUGAAUCAUGGAUCGAAGAGCUGAACUCGAGUAGUGAUUGGCCCAAGUUCUACAUGAGAUUGAGAAACUUUUUCACGGACUAAUUUGCAUUAUAAUCACACUGAUUUCUUUGAGUUUAUAUCAUUCUUUUCCACGAUUGCUCAUCAUUAUUUGUAGAUAUAAAUCUAUGCUUGCGAUUUAAGGGCAUUUUAGAAAAUGUCAUGGGCUAUCAAUUUUCAUAUGCACAAUUUAAACAUGUUUUGUAAAGAAGAUGUGAAGACAAUAAAGAAGUUGUAGAUUCAGCAUCAAUGUUGCCCACUAUAUUAAUUAGUUUUUACCAUUUGGUUGCUGUAAAUCGCAGGUAGUGUGAAGCAAAGUUUCGCCAAUGUUUGUCAGUUUUUUUUGUAGAUUUUCAUUACAAUUUGUUUCAACCUUGUAGAUUUUUAUACAAAUUGUUUGAAUUAAUUUUUCUCUGCUCU